GAACCGCGAAUUACGUUGGCGCUGAGAAAUAGAAAGAGCGCGGUUUCAAAAUUCAAACCCAAUCAAACAAAUCAAUAAAACUAUAAAACACUUCCACCACCACCACCACAAACCACCGUCACAGAGAAGGUUUCAGCGAUAUUCAAAAUGGAAAAUCUUGAAAGAAUGGGUAGAGAACUCAAAUGUCCGAUCUGUUUGGGUUUAAUUCAUUCCGCUGUUUCACUCACCUGCAAUCAUCUUUUCUGCAACUCUUGUAUAAUUAAGUCAAUGAAAUCUGCAUUUUCUUGUCCGGUUUGUAAAAUACCCUUCGCUCGUCGAGAGAUUCGUCCUGCUCCUCAAAUUGACAGCUUGGUCACUAUCUACAAAAACAUGGAAGCUGCUUCUGCAAUUAAUUUAUUUGGAACUCAAAAUCCACCUGCUACCAAAUCACCAGAUGAGGACAAGCAAUGUAAAGGGGAUUAUAAGUCUGGUGAGAAAGGAACUGGUGGGACUCAUGAAAAUCAUCCUGAGGAGGAAAUAACCCCCAAAAGAAAGAAGUUGGCAAAGAAGCUUCAGGCCAGCACAAAAAGUUCGGCUUCUAACCGUGCAGAGCCUUCUUUUCCGGCUAAGAAAAGGGUUCAGGUGCCACAAGAUAUCCUUUCAGAAACUCCAAUGAGGAAUUUGAAAUCAGGAGGCUCUGUUAGUCUAAUUAACAAAGAGGGAACACAAAAGGCUUCAACCAAGGGAAAUAAAAUGGAAAUUCAAAGUGAAAAAGGUGAUCAGGUGAAAGAACCAUUCUUUUGGUUAAGAGAGGAGAAGGAUGGUGAAAUGUUAAGUCAACAGUCUAGCGAGGAUUUAAUUAUUGAGGGUUCUUCACCAGUUCUUCCUUCAUUCAGUGAUCUCCAAGAUGCUAAUGAUGACAGCCCUUCAAAACAAGCUCCAUCAGACGAGGUGCAAAACAAACCAUCUUUUGAUUUAUUUGAUAGUGAGAUGUUUGAAUGGACGCAAAAGCCAUGCUCACCCGAAUUAUUUUCAAGUCCCAUCAAAAUGCAGGUUGAGGAUACUUUUGAGAAUGAUGAAAAUAUAGAGGAAUUAGUGGCAGGGACUCAGGAGCAUCAGUUAAGUGCUGAUGCUUACAAUAUAAACUUUGAGAAUCCCGUAGGCAAUCAAUUGGCUGAUGUGUUGCCACAAGGUGUCUCCUCUCAAAUAAGUUCUGAUGAUCUAAAUGGAAAAAAGAAGACUACAAAGAGAAGUAGGAAGGCUAGAGAAAAAUCUAAGGAAGACAAGAUUUGGGAACAAAAAUGUCAAAAUGAUGAAAUGAAUUUGGAUUCAAAUAUAAAAUCAAAAGAUAUUGAGGAUCAAUCAUUGGACAACAAGCACAGAGCUUCUAAUCUGAAAAAGUCUAAUAGAAAGGGCAAGAAGGUUUCUUUCAUUAUUAGUACAGAUUCAACACCACAAACCGCUUGUACAGUCUCCAAUAUAUCAGGAGUUCAAAGCAAAGGUAGAAGAAUGACCGCUAAGAAUUUAUAUACUUCUGCAUCUAAACAAGAUAAUGAGAUACAAUGUUCUCAGAAGAUUGCUGGAAAAAGUCAGGUGAGAAGAUCUGGAAAUCAAAGGCUGGAUGUUGUGCAUGAACCACCUGAAGAUUUAACUUCAGUGCAAAAUCAAUGCAAAGAGCUUGCUAGAUCUGCUUCAUCUACUUUAGGUCUGCAGAUGGAUGAUAAUAGGAAGGAUGCUAAUAUUGGGAAAAGAAAAAGCAGUCUGUCCAGAAAUUCUAUGCUUUGCAGUAAAGAAAGGAAGAGUGCUAAAAAGCCAAAAAUUUCUACUGAAUUUAUCUCUAGGACUAAAAAUGAUGAAGAAAUUAAGUCGAAUGAAAGUGUUAAGCAAGGUACUGAUGUCAGGCCUUUGAAUGAUUCUUCAAAAGAGAAACAGUGCAAUUUGACAGAUCAACCUGUUUUAAAGAAAUGUGUGAACCAUGUCAAAGACUAUCAAUGUGCUUUCUGUCUCUCAUCAGAAGAAUCAGAGGCUUCUGGCCCGAUGGUGCACUAUUUUGAUGGCAAACCUGUAACUGCUGAUUAUGAACGAGGAUCUAAAGUCAUACAUUGUCACAGGAAUUGCACUGAAUGGGCCCCAAAUGUAUAUUUUGAAGAUGAUAAUGCAAUAAACCUUGAAGCUGAAAUAAGUAGAAGUCGGAGAAUCAAAUGUAGUUUCUGUGGACUUAAAGGAGCUGCACUUGGUUGCUUUGAGAAAAGUUGUCGAAGGAGCUUUCAUGUUCCCUGCGCCAAGUGGACUCCUGAAUGUCGAUGGGAUAUGGAAAAUUUUGUCAUGUUAUGCCCUGUGCAUUCCUCCUCCAUGUUGCCGUAUGAAAGUUCAGGAUCCCAACACAGGAGCAAGAUACUCACAGCUAGUAAGGUUAAAAGCUGUAGCCGCAAACAUGACACUACAAGCCAAAGUCGUGUUACUCAUGGAUCUCACAAAAAAAUUGUGCUGUGUUGUUCAGCUCUAUCUGUACAAGAGAGGGAUGUUGUUUCUGAUUUUGAAAGAGUGUCCAAGGUUACAGUUUUGAAAACUUGGGAUUCAAGUGUUACCCAUGUAAUAGCAUCAACAGAUGAAAAUGGGGCAUGCAGAAGGACUCUCAAAGUAUUGUUGGGUAUUCUAGAAGGAAAGUGGAUUCUCAGCAUUGAGUGGAUCAAAGCUUGCAUGAAAGAUACAGGACCUGUUGACGAAGAGCGUUAUGAACUUAAUGUUGACAUCCAUGGAAUUAGGGAUGGUCCCCGUCUUGGACGACAAAGAGCAUUGAACAAGCAACCAAAGCUUUUUGAUGGCUACAAGUUCUAUUUCAUGGGUGAUUUUAUCCCAUCAUACAAGGGUUAUCUGCAAGACCUUGUGAUUGCAGCUGGAGGGACAGUUCUGCAUAGAAAACCAGUGUCAGGUGACCAUCAAGCAAUUCCACCUGAUAUGCAUCCACACCAAACCCUCAUAAUCUACAGUCUUGAGCUUCCUGCUAAAUGCAAUCCUUUGGAAAAGGAUGCAAUUUUUAGCCAAAGGCGAUGUGAUGCAGAGGUUUUGGCAAGGCCUGCUGGUUCAAAGGUUGCAAGUAACACAUGGAUUUUGAAUUCAAUUGCUGGCUGCAAGCUGCAAAGCCUUCCUCAAUAAAGUUUAUAGGUCAUUUUCAUGAACAUGAUCCCAAAUCAGUGUUUUUCCUUUUAUUUAUUAUUUAUAAACAUAUAUGCAAAGACUCGGUAUACCCUUUUGUAAAAAUAACUUUCCACAUGUAAUUGGAUAAUUGUCUCCCUGCAAUGUGAGUUAGAUUUCUUAACCCAUUCU